AUCAGCAUAGGUGGAUUCAAAACUGUGCAUGCAGGAUGGCUGAUAUUGAUGUUGGCUCCUACCUCAGGUCUUGGGUCCAGGGCAUGGCAUGAUGUUAUUGUGAAAUAUCUGUUUGAGAGGGUGUAUCCCAAAGAGAUGCUGUCCAGUUUGGAUUUCAAGAUUGGACACUUUGCACCCAAGGAUGAGUCAGCCAAGUUAUUCAGGGAAGCAAACAUCCUGUACUGGGCAAAGGCUCUGUUAGGUCUUAUUCAUAAUGUUAUUGACCAUGCUGUGACAGGUACAUCUGAGCCUAUACCAUUUGAUAUUUCCUGUGUGCACUUUGUUGGAGGUGGUCUGGCACUAUCUUGCUAUCAAGAUAGUAGCAAGCCUGCAUUCAAGGUUGCAUCAGCACAUGCAUGUUUUCUCCUUGAGGAAGUUAUCAAUGAAAGAGAUAAUGAUUUCAUCAAGUAUAUUUAUAACAUGGACCCCAAUCCAUUACUUGAUCCAGAUGAAUCCAGGUAUGACUUCACAUUGUUUCUUUCCUUCAUGUAA